AUGUCUUUCAAGGCCAUUGUCUAUGCUUAUGUGCUCGGAGGUCUCACAUUCAUCCCGCUCGUCGUCCUUGCAGCCUGCUUCUAUGCGAUAUACACGUCCGUACCCGUGGGGGAUCCGGACAUCGACAAACACGCUCGUGCGAAGUUAGAGCAGCGCUCUCAAGCUCUCGAAGGCGAGAAAGAGGGCGAAGGAGCAGCUCCAGCCACCCCUUCUGCGCCGUCCGAGCUCAAUGACCUCCCCAAGACUCGGAGGGGUUGGAUGACAGUGCGCAGGACGUUUGAGGAGACCGCAAGUGACGGCUCGUACGUCGGGCUCGUCAAGGGCUUUUUGGAUGCGCGGUCCAAGGAUCCAAAGC